AUGAGGAGUGUGAUACAAGAUGCUGUAGACAGGCUGACCGUCGUCCAGGACGUCUCGCACCCCUAUGGCGCUCGCCUUUCAAUUCAGUCGAUUUCUUCAGCGGUACAACCCAACAACUUGGCCGUGCCUUGGGACCUCACCAAGGAGGAAUUCCUGAGUAUCCUGAACUCGGUCCCGACGAGGAACCCGCUCUCCAACUACGCACCUCCGGUGAAGGCCUUCCUCGGCGACAAGGGCUAUUUUACAAACACUACUAUUGACAAGGCCGAUUCGCGCAGCAAUGUGCAGCGCAUCUACGCCAUUUUUACGCAAAACGAGCCAAACGAUUUGGAAGAUCUGAAGCAAAUUCUUCCAAAACUGGUCGAUCGUGAUGUCCAUCUGGUGGUCCACUGGUCAUACAAGGUGGGCACCAGCAACUAUUGCAACAACCAAAAUGUCACCGUGCUGAUCAAUGGCGCGAAGAGCGACACCACGGCGUUGUGCAUCACAGUUGCCAACUAUCAGUUGGAGAUUGAGAAAGACUACGCACGAUUCUAUGACGCGAUGGGGACCGAAGUGGCCAGCCUGACGGGUAACAACGUGCUUGGCGCCAAAUUCCAAAUGGACGGGAGAACUGGCUCCGCCAGGCUAACCACGAACGAAUACCUCGUCUACAGCGGAAUCAGCUUCAGUACACCGAACCAAUGCACCGUUGUGAUCAACCAGAAUGAUGGCUCGAAGGGAGUCGGGGGGUUUGUCGUCACAGAGUUUGAUGUGGGAAGCGGCGAUUCUUUCACGGUAGUGAUCAAAGAUGGAGAUCAAACCGUUUUUACGCUCUCGCGGUCCAACUACGCCAACUAUAAGGAGCAACUGGCUCUCUACGCCAGUUUUAACCCAGUUGUCACUAUCCUGCUUCAAUACUAUGGCGACAAAGAUGUGAUCUUCAAUAUGUAUGCGUACCCUAGAAGCAUUACUACCCUGCCGACAAUGCCUACGACCCCGACACCGCCUCCAACGGGCGGGUCUGCCGGUUUUUUGGGUGUCGACCUGGCCUUUGCAUUCGAUUCUACUGGCACUGAUCAAGCUGUCUUUACCACGAUGAAAAAGGUCAUGAAAGAUACCGUCAACCAACUGACGGUCGUGCAAGAUGUCAAUCAGCCUUACGGCGCGCGCCUGUCGCUCCAAUCGAUUUCUUCCUCUCAUCAAGCAAAUAACCUGGCGGUUCCCUGGGCUCUUACAAAAGACGAAUUUCUUCAAAUCGCUGACAUCAUACCCACGCGAAACAAACAAUCGUUCUAUGUAUAUCCCUUGCAGGCAUUCCUUGAAAACCGAGGGUAUUUCUCGCCGAAUACUGUCGAUGGGGCCAAUUCUCGCACCAACGUCCAGCGAAUUUAUGCCAUCUUCACGCAACACGAGCCUGAUGAUGACCUACCAGAUCUGAAUAUGACACUUACAUAUCUAAAGGAUCGAGAUGUCCAUCUCGUGGUCCACUGGUUUGGCCCGAAACCGUCGAAUGUCUUUAAAUAUUUGUCAUCAACGUACCCGAAUUUUGCCUACCUUGAUUAUGACCCUGCAAAUCCCAUGCAACUGUACAAUAACUACAUCUUGAACGGCGAUUCUGAUGCCAAAUUUGGUUGUUCGAAUGGCAAAACAUCGGCAGUUGAUACGUUCGAUCAAGCCGGGAUGUGGCCACCAAACUACUUCCCGGGGUACAUCAAUUAUUGCAACAAUCAAGAUGUCGUUUUGCAGUUUACUGAGGUUGCGAUUGGUACGACAGCGCUAUGCAUCACCGUCGAAAACUAUCAGUUGGAGCUCGAGAAGGACUAUGUGAGGUUCUACGAUGGUGCCGGGGUGGAGGUGGCCUUUUUGACCGGCAACAACGUUUUUGGCGCGGAAUUCCAAAUAAACGGCACCGCCGGCUCAGCCAGGCUGACGACAAAUGAAUACCUCGUCUACAGCGGGAUUAGAUUUGGAGUGCGGGCAAUCAGCGAUGAGCCGCCUCAAUGCAACCUGCCA